UAUGCUUUCGCGCGUUUCCUUUUGGCGCUUUUGGUGCUUUGACACGCCACUCUCUCCUCCUCGUAUUCGCUUCCUUCUCUUAUUCGUUUCUCUAUCAUCCACUUGUUUGCCUGUGGUUGGGGCAUUGCUGGAAGACUCCUUCUUCGUGUGGCACCGCGACGUUUUUUUUCUACGCUAUGUGCGCCCAGCGUUGAUGUUCCGUGUCCGACCCGAGAAACGCAGCUUUGGACCCGUAAGCAACGGCUAGCCUUUCACACUAGGCCAACAUGCCUCUCGAAGUACAGUGGCCCCUUCCAAACGUCAGCCAGCCCAGCAAAUUAUGGCAGCUCGGAAGCUCCGUGGUCGUUCCUGCCGUUGGCCUGCUGGCAAAACUGUUUCACGAGCCACAGUUUCUUAAGAGGGCACAGAACCCACACAGACCCCGAGUAUUCCGCACCACAGGCUGGUUCAACACAGUGAAUGUGUACAACAAGGAGAUCCUCAUCGAUGCCAUUGAAAACCGACCGAAGGAUGUUCCGCUGAUCACUGUCUGCAACCACCACUCUUGCCUUGAUGACCCUUUCAUUUGGGGAAUGCUGGAGCUGAAGCACUUAUUCCGACAGAAGUGCAUGCGCUGGAGCGUGGCGGCACACGACAUCUGCUUCACGAACGAGCUGCAUUCGCGAUUCUUCGCGCUGGGCAAGACGGUGCCAGUGUGCCGUGGGGAGGGUGUCUUCCAGAAGGGCAUGGACUACUGCAUCGAACUGCUCAACCGCGGCAUGUGGGUCCACAUCUUCCCCGAGGGAAAGGUCAACAUGGUCACUCAAGAGUUCCUGCGACUCAAGUGGGGUGUUGGCAGACUAAUUGCGGAAAGCAAGAAGUGUCCCAUAGUCAUUCCAUUCUGGCAUGUUGGCAUGAACAAUGUUUUGCCAAACAAGGAGCCCUAUGUACCACAGUGGGGACAGUUGGUGACCAUUCUAAUUGGAAACCCCAUUGACUUCACCUGCCUCCGGAGCACCAUGAAGAAAGAAAAUAAGAGUGCGAUGGAGCAGAGAAAGAAGAUAACAGACGUCAUACAGGACGAGUUUAGCCAGCUGAAGACUCAAGCCGAGACGUUACAUCACCUCAGCCUGCCAUCGUCGUCUUAGCAUUGUCAGGGUGUCGUCGUUGGCUCGCUUGUCUGCGCUGCUGACCGCGGCGAAAAAGCCUCAGCAUUUCACGGGUUUCCUCUUAAACAUCCACCACUGAGGUUGUGCACUGGUAGAGAAAUGGAAGGACAAAAGAAUGUGCCGUCUACAGCCCUUAGUCGCGGCGAUGCGAGUGCUGAGCUGUAGGGUAGGGUUUGGUAGGGUAGGGUUUUGUGGGCAGCUGCACGGCUUCUUGAAACUAAGUUCGCUGGCGACCAUUCUUGAGCGGUGCUCGGAAUAACGCGAGAGAUUUAAAACUUCGACGGUUGUUUGCUUGUUGUUCUGACCUUACGGACGCUGACCAGUCUUCUCAAGAUGAAGGGAUGAGAAGACCAGAUUGAAAGAAGCGUUGUUGGUCUGUUGUCUUUUCGUGGAUUAACCUUGGGCCCCCUACUGAGACUCUUUUUUUCUCAUUUUGUAUUCAUAUUUUGUUGUCCCUUCUUCCGUUACGCCUCACUUGCGAUGUGUGUCUGAUUGAAAAGUACAAACAGGUCAUUGUCUACGUAUGCUAGACAUCCGCAGUUAGGCCACGACAUUUUGUAGUGAAGAAUGCACUGAUAUUUUUCACACACCUUUUCCAGUAAGAAAAGCACUUAUUCCAUUGCAUCUACGUGCCCUUCUACUGUGGCUUUUCUUUUUUGUUCUUUUUGAGUUCGUUUUUGUGGGUAGGGGAUUCAUUCAAGAUGGCUAGUUUAAUGAAUACGAGUAGUAAAGGCUGUUUUGAUUUUUCUUGCGCACUUUUCAUUGUAAGACUUUUUCUGUCAUGCCUACUCUUUAUCAAAAUAAUAUUGGGACAGCAACUGCAUUCGGUGAAAAUGCACCCAUAUGCAUAGCGGGCCACUUCUUACAAUACCUGCUCUCAGGAUUUCACGCGAGUAUUGAUUGAGUCUUUCUUCAUAAAUGCGACGUUUUGCUGUGACCUUGCAACGUAAAACGUGUUUAACUGUUUCAUUUUGUAGGUACUUUUUUUUUUUUUCUCUCAAUUGACCAAAAUCAUUCUUUAAUAGGACUGUGGAAGUAGGCUUGGAAAAGCAUUUAAUGUAAAAUAUUGAUUUGGGGAAUUUAGUACACUGCAGAUUUCAUUCAAGCUGCCUGUUUACAAGCUUGUCUGUACGUACUUAGGGAUUUCGUAUAAGUUGUAAGUAUGGUGAAUGUUAGUGUUGCAAUACGAUUCUUGCCAUUUUUUAGAUGUAAAACACUAGCCAGCAAUAUGUUCAUGUUUUCAUUACUUACGUGUUUACGAACACUCAUGCAAUAUACGGAUUAUUCUGAUAUCAAAUUCGAAUUCAUUAAGUUUCAAGGAUAUUUGCAGAUAGAUACAUCGCUGUUAAAUUGAAGAUGCAUUAGUUUUUCAUUGGUGCACUGGUGGUUCUGGUAGCGAUAUUGUGCUGCAGAAUGUGUGCGCACGACAUUUUAUUUUUGGCAAACUUUCGCGACGUUUGUAUUAUUCCAGGUUUGGUUGCUGAUUAAUUGCUUGUGUUUUGGGUUUAUUCAUUGAAGUGAGCUUGUUUUUGUUGUGUUCGCUGUGUUUGUUUCUAUGAAUUCAGAAGAAGCAAGACCUGUUGCUUUCCCCUCCUGCUUAAUGAUAUGUUACAGCAUGGAAUGUUGAAAAUUACGUUUCUUACUCUAGCCGGAAGAAAAAAAAAACUUCAUAAAUACGUUCAUUCUAUCUGUAAUCCUAUUUUUCUGACGAUGCAGUUUUUCAUACGCACAUCACUUCAGUCAUGUGAAACCCACGCAACUGGGAAUGCUUUCUUUUUUUAUCAUGUACUUUAUUAUCGAUUGGUGCCAGCCAUUUUGCAAGGGGCACGUGCGCUGUUAGCACACUGCCACUUUUGAUUUGGCCUUUUCUGAAUAUUUUUUAACUUUCCAUCGGGUCACACACGUCAUGCUUCCGAACCAUGUAUAAUUGGCAUUGUCUUCAGUGGUUUUUAAAAGUCAGUGCAGUUGUCUUGCAUCUACGACUAUUCUUUUAAACUGUGCUGAACAGCACACGAAAACUGUAGCGCAUUUUUCUGCAGUCUUUAUCAGUUACCUUGAGGAAGGCUGCCGUAAGGCUGUACAUGUCUUUUCCAUAAGUUGAAAAGUUUAUUCGUGACUUUUGCGUCUUCGCUGUUACUGAGGCAGCACUGCAGCAAACUUCCAGCUCUGCUUAAGUGUUCAGUGAUAAAAUUCCGUUUUUACAGCAUUCAGUAAUCUCAGUUGCAGAGUUUCACGUGUUUGAUUAUUGUAUGAUCAAAAAAAGCUCGCGAACCGAAGACUUCCUGUCGCAUUUGUUGAGUCUGAUUUUUUAGAACUGUUGCUGUUGAUUCUGUCGAUACUGUGAUAUAUAUACAUAUAUAUCUUGGUUGUGCUCUGCCUUCAUGAAGGUCGAGUUCUAGCUUCGGUUCAGUCAGUCGUAGCUUUUUUUGAUUUUGUGAUUCAACGGGCAAUACGGUACGGUUGACGUUUGUAGAGACUAUGUUUUACGUUAUGUGCGUUUGCCACACGCUUAUGCAUCCAUUUUUGUUAGCAUAAUGUGAUUUCAGUACCUAUGCUCGCUUAAUAUAAUGUUGUGCGACGUGUGAUUGCAGUACAGUGUUCUGCAGUCUUGGUAAUUACUUUCUCACUUGCAACAUGAAAGAACUUACAGUAAGACUCCUGCCCUUAUUAAACAACGCUCCGCAAUGGAAGUGGUAACUUCACUGUACCACUUGUUGCAUUGUAGUACUUACUUUUGUUGCAUGCAUGCUGUUUUUUUUUAUUUUAUUGAUUUGGAUCAGUUUUGCAACAUUUUCAGAUUUUUUUGCCUUGAAGUUGUUUUUCAAUUGAUUCAGGAUGCGGCUGUAAUUCCAUGUUAUUGCUGUUCGUCGCUUUCGAUCUGAUAAAGAAAACUUGUCCAACA